CAGGACACUUGGGCCGGCACGCCUCAGCAGUUGCGUCGCGCAUACGCAAUUGCCCCUCCCAGCAUGGCUGAGCAGCAGCAGUGCUCUUGGCUUCGGCUCUGUCGGCGCCACUUGGGCGCACCAGCCUCACCGCACAUGGCCCUGCGCGGAGACUUGUAAACCUGCACGAGGCGCCUCGACCCGCGACACUCCGUUGCUCCUCCGCCCGCACGUUGCCCAUUCUCUCCUUCGCCCGCCGGAUCCGCAGACCACUCGAGACCCGCCGCAAUGGCGUCCACGGGCAUCACCAAGCGCGAGGAGCUGGCCUUCCGCAGAGGCGUCGUCAACGGGAAGCAAUUGACCGCACACGAGCGCGAGCAGAUGCUGCAGCCCUUCCUCCCGCCCGCACCCAUCGAGGCAGCGCCCCUCAAGUCGCCAAAGAGCCCCAGGCUCUCGCAGCGCACCACCGCGGCGCCCAGGCCGAAACCCACGCCCGUCCGCACCGUGCUCCACAUCGUCCUCCACGCCGUAAUCGCCUUCGUCUUCAGCAUAUUCUUCCGCUUCCGCCGCUCCUGGCGCCUCUUUUCCUACAAGGUGCGCGGCGUGCUCAGGCACCACCACCACACGCCCGAGUGGAUCGUCAACGACGUCAAGAACGUCGAGCAGCUCCCCAAGCACAUCAGCGUGGUCCUCGAGCACCGCGACGACGACGAGGACCAGGGCACCGCCGGGCUCGAGGGCCUCGUGCAGGACGCCUGCGAGAUUGCCGCCUGGACCGCGAGCGCAGGCAUCCCCCUCCUCAGCAUCUACGAGCGCACCGGCGUCCUGAAGAACUACGUCCCCCAACUCCACGCCGCCAUCGAAAAGAACCUCGAGUCCUACUUCGGCACCCGCCGCCGCCCCACCCUCACCGUCAAAGCCCCGCACACAAUCUCCUACUCCCCGCCCGGCACGCCCUCGACCGAGCCCACCGAGAACGGCGCCACCACCUCCCGCCCCCACCUCACCGUGCUCCUCCUCUCCGAGCACGACGGCCGCGCCACCCUCGUCGACCUCACCGUCACCCUGGCCUCCAUGGCCCAGAAAUCAGACAUCGACCCCAAGCAGAUCGACAUCCCCCUCAUCAACGCAGAGCUGUCGGAUUAUGUGAGCAGCGAGCCGGAUCUGCUGGUGCUGUUUGGCCCGACGGUGAGGCUGAUGGGGUAUCCGCCCUGGCAGCUGCGGUUGACGGAGAUUUUCCACCUGCCGGAUAACAAGGGGGUCAAUUAUUUGGUGUUCAGGAAAGCCUUGGGCAUGUUUGGCAAGGCCGAGUUUAGGGUCGGCAAGUGAGCAUCCAUGUUUGGUUGGUAUGGGUUUCUGUAGAUUGUUUGGGUAUACCCUGGUUCGGGAGACGGCAUUGCGUAGAGCAUUACUAAUUCUAAGACUGCACCAUGUCAUUUUCGAGUAUCUGUGAUGGCUUUGAG